CAUGACCACGACGCACCCACCCGCGGAUGGCACGCACAACGGCGCGGUCAACGGCCCGCCGUCGCUGUCGAGCAUCACGAGCCUUCCACCGCUCCCGCACCCGCUGCAUCCGCGCGGCCAGGUCAAUGCCGCUGAGGGCCUGCAGGUGAUGCGGGCGUUGAGCGAGAACGCCAGCAACGGCGUUGUGGACUACCCCUACCCCACCAACACGGACUACCCCCUCCCGCCGCUCCCACCCAUCCCUGUACCGACGGGUUCGUCGCGGCGGCGGCUCGCCGAACCUGCGUCGCGCGCGCCCGCACCCAUCCCGGUCCCGCCCAUCCCCGAAUCCUCAUACUUGUCCGGGAGCCACACCCUCGAGUCGGCGCUGAAGGCGCACAACGACGCGCACCCCGGCAUGGCCGCGAGCGCGCACUAUGACGGCAGCGCGCUCCUCGUCUGCCUCGGCGGACAAGGAUAUCUCUGGUGCCUCGUGCGCACGCUCGGCGUCGAGGAUGCGGGGGACGCGCGCGUGCUUGGCGUUAGGUGUUUCCUCAGCCGCGAAGCGAGGCCGCCGCCGAUCCACGCCGUAGCGCCGCUCGGCCCGUCGCUCGUGUUCGGGGAACAUCUUAAGAGCCUUGGCUUGAACGUGCUCAGCUUGCUCCACCGCCUCCCGUACGAGGUCGAGAUGCUCGAGUCGCCGUGCUACCGCUGCGGCAAAUAUCUGUCCGACAUCGAUGGGUUGCCCCUCAAUGCGUCUGGAUGGAUUCCGCCGUCGCCUGCACGUUCAAGUGCCGAGAAGGCGAAUGGGAAGGCGGGCGGGAUGGACGUGGAUGGGGAGGAGAAGAAGGAUGACGAAGGGGCGGAGAAGAGAGACGGGGAGGGCGAAGACAAGGGGGAGGGGAAGGAAGCGGAGGGAGCAGGGGACAGCAAGGUGAAGGCGGAGGAGGUCGAAGAGAGCAAAGAAGGGCGAUGGGUUAGGUGGCACGCAUCGUGUCGCGCGCCAUGA